AGCUGACAGAGAACAUGUCGAAGUUGAAGUUGUGGUGGAAGGGAAGAUACCGAGACUUUGUCACUCGAUCAAGAAACGCAAGAAUUCUUUUAAUUUAUUACACAAAUCUCUGGAGAUAUAACUCACAGAAAGCUUUAGAAGCUUUUCUCUUUGGACAACCACAGCAACAAGCAUCAGUAUCAUUUAUGAUCACCAAAAAGAUGAGGAAAUCACUUGCAUCACUGGGUUACACUGAGCAAGACAUUGAUAAAAUGACUCCACGUGAAGCCAAUUAUAAGGUGAACUGUGGGGUCCAAAACUCUAUAGGAGUAUCAGGCUCUGAAAAUGGGAUGAAGCAAUUUCAAACAGAGAACCAAUCAAGAGGUUUUAAAUGAUGUAUCGUCAAAGCUAAGCCCUAGUUUCAUUUAUGCAGAGGAUCACAACAACUGUUUCUUCAAAUAAGAUACCUGAUUUGCUUCAGGUAACUAUUUCGGCCUUCGUCAUUUUUAAAGUUUUUAGGGAACUUGAGUGCAAUUUACAGAAUUACCAUCAGCUUAAAUGGAACAUUCGUUUAGUAAGAUAGAAAAACACAAAUAAUGGCAUAAUGAACCAUGAUGGCCAGAGAGGGAGAAGAUUGGAUUCACAAGAUAUAGCUAAUGCCCGCCGAUGAUAACUCGUCGUAAACGCAGAGACCAACAUCCGCACGGGAAAAAAACAAUGACUAAUCGUGACUAUAGUCGUGAUUGAUCGAGGAUUUGCAUGAAGGAACAGUACAAGUUGUCUAGACCAAUCACAGACCUUUGCGAAAAAUACCUUGUAAAAGCUUUCUCAGCAGCUUUAAUUAACUCUUUACGGCGGCCAGUUUACAUUAUUGACUCAAGUGAUGAAACCUCGCUAUACUCCAUACCGACACAGCACCUCAGUUUCUUUUCCCUAUUUACCUACUGCUUUGUCAGUUUAAUAUGAAAUACUGUAGAUGAAACUCGGGUUAAGUUAGAGAAUAGUAAGGAAAUGGUUUCUCCGUAGAAUUUUCACCAAGUGUGGUCAAACACGUCUGACUCUAUGACCCCCAAUUUCUCCACAAGUUAAUUAACAACGAUUUCUGUAAUGUGUGCGAGAUAAGCCGCUAUCGUAACAUUGUACAUCCUGUUAUAUUAAGCCGGUCUUUUCUCGGGUGACGGUCAAUGCAUUUGGGGUAAAAUCCUAUAGCAACAAAUUUUUUUCGAAGCAAAAUGGAUUCCGAGAACAUCACUGGGGAUAUUAGAGGGUUCGGUCGGUUCCAAAACUGAAAUAAAAAGUUGCAAUCCUAUUAAAGAAAAAUACUGACAAUUACAAUUUUACUUCCAAUAAACAAGGACAUUUUUUAAUUUCCGAUCACCAGUGUUACUCAUUUCCGUUCAGGAGAACGAGAAUCUUUUCUUUUUUGCUAGUGUUGUUUUGAGUUUGGCGUCUCGUUUGACGUUUUACUCAAGCUACCUACAGGAAACCAUUCGAUGUCACUGAUGUUUACAAAACACUAAUAAGACAGGGAAUGAAAAAUAAAGUUCCACUAAGAGUAAUCAUAUUUGAAAAUUAAUCAAGGAAUCAAUUUGUCGCGAGGCUGUGUGACAGACCGGAUGAAAUAAUAUGUACUUGACUCGAAUUCACUUGAGCACGACUAUUUCACCUUUGAAAAGCUCUCAAAGAAGAAUUUUUAGUGCGAUACGAGUUGUUUUUGUCGAGAUAAUCUGGCAUUUUUUGACAUUUACUGAGUAGCUUUAAGUGAAAUGCACGCAAUUUUGUUUAGAUAACGUCAACGAGGGUUUUGCGCUUUAAAAGACCAUCUGCUGCACGGGCAUCAUUCCUAGGAGAACUAAACCACAGUUAAAACCUGAACGUUUUGUAGAAAUAAACUUUGCGCAACAAGUUGGAUGUAUGCGAGAGACCGGAUUAGACAAUUGUUAGACUAUUGUUGUGUUUUAUUGUGUUAUGUUAAUGAUGUUUGUGUGGUCUAAACCUGAAGGGUUAUACAUGUUAAAUAAAAUUUUCAUCAUUC